UCCAUCUGAUUGCAAAGUCAUAGGCGCAAACGGACGUUUGUGGUGUUCUUUGGGGAUUAAUGCGCUAUGAUAUGUAGAUACCGUCAGUGUAUAAAAUGGAAAUUCGAUAUCAUUCCCACAACAUUUUUACUAACAGGAACAGUUUCUCGAACGAUCGUCUGCUCGCACUUAUCGUAACAUUCAAGUGGUUAAAUAUAAUUUAAUAAGAUAUUCACUACAUUAUGAUAUAGUUUGUUAGUCAAAACAUAAUUUCUUGGAUCGUCGAGAAAGCUUAUCUUACACUGUUCAUUUGGGGUAUUCGUCAAAAAUGAGUGCAGAGGAUAAAACCUUGUACCAUUACUGUCGCCCUCUUCUGUCUCUUAUGCGGCUUGGUGGGUUGUUUUAUUUACCAGAAAAGCUGCAAAUGUCGGCGCGGGUACUUCGUGAGGAGUUGGUUGAAGAUGAUUAUCCCCUGCAGAGAAAGCAUUCCCGCCGAUAUAUAUUUUUCAAGUGCUGGUGCUGGUUUGCAUUCGCAUGUACAGUGGCAUACUUGGGCAAAUUUCUCUGGAAUUUCCAGUCUCUUCUGCGGUUAAUGGGCAAUCCUAUCAAUGCCAAGAAUCUCACUGAAUUUGUCUUUCUGUUGACGUUCUUUAAUUGGUUUGUGCAGUUUACGUCUUGGCACUUUCUCAUGAUCCGCGCCUGCAAAAAUAAACUCUUUAUUAAAUUUUUUACGCACUGGGAAAUAUUACGAUUUAAUUGUGCGGAUAAGAAUUGCAACAGUUUUGAAAAUUAUUUCAAGCCGCGGCGGAAUCGGCUGAUGUUCUUGACGGUGCUGCUGGUUUUAACCAACAUUCAGGCCAUUUGGACGCCGGUUUUAGUGGACAACGGCACAUUCGAUGCGCAGCGGUUUGUAAUAUACGCUGGAUUUCAAGGAUACUGGCACGUGGUGGCAACGGGAGUUAUGCUGAUUGGCCACUUUUUUGCCAGCUUCGUGUACAUCACACCGGUGAUGUUGCUGGCUUUGUUGGCGUAUGCACUUUAUGGCGAAUUUCGACACUUGACCAGGAACAUGGCAAAGAAUAUUAACGAAGACGGCGAGCUCGUAGUGCAGUCUGUGGAGUGGUACCGGCAGAAACAUGAACGCCUGUGUACACUGGUCAGUUUGGGCGACGACAUCUUCUCGACCAUCGUUCUGUUGGCUGUAUUCGGCAGCGUCAUCGAGCUCUUUAUGCUGAUGUUUGUGGUAGUUGAUUACUCGGCAAAAGGGAAAUUCACGGUGAUUACCGCGGUUAAUGAAUUGUUUUGGUUUCUGUUCCACGUAACACAACUGGUCGUCGUCAUCGGAAUGGGCAUAAAGGUCAACGCGGCUGCGCAUUCACCCUUAGACAUUUUGUACAAGUUGGAUAACAACAAACUCCGGCCUGGAGAGGUUCACCAUUUGCAUACAUUCCUUAGUAAACUCAACGGAAAUCAGAUUGGUUUCACGGCCAGCAGACUGUUUACGAUCGAUGUGUCUGCCGUACUCAGCAUUGUAGGUAUGUACAUUACGUACCAGCUCUUAUUGUUCCAAUUGCAAAUGGAUCUCACGAGCGCUGACGAAGCAGCUACAACGAACAGCGGAAACACUACGACGAAUAUAACUUCUGGAAAUCUUUAAGCAUCUGCUUGUUUUAACCUUACAUUAGGUUUUACUAACAACUACAGAUAUUUUCAUAAUCUUUGGCGGCUCUUGAGUCUUAGUAUAUGAU